AUGGUUAAAGCUCAGCAGAUCUCAACUGCAUCAAUUACCCAAGGAAGCCAACUUCCUACUGUUAAUCUUGGAAGCCCAACUUCAAGCUCUUCUAAGCCUAAGUCAUCCAAAUCAAAGAUUCAAUCUACGACAGCUAAGCCCAGCUCUGCUCAGCCCAAGUCCAAGGCUAAAACAAAGUCCAAGGCUAAAUCUACAACUCAUGUAUCUCCUGCUAAGCCUAAGGUUAAAACCAAGUCAUCCCGAGAUGAGCUUCUCAAGAUGGCCCGUCUGCUUGUUGAUCAGGCUGAAGCCCAGUCAGAUUCGGAUAAUUCGGAUAACAACAAUUCAAAAGAAAGUUCAGACAGUUCAACCUCUUCUGAAGGUUCAACUACUCAAAACCCAUAUGGACUUGAGUUCCAAGAUGCUCAGGACCCAUAUGCUUAA